UUGGGCAUCUCUCGGUUCCCGCGCUGUGAGUUUUACUCAAAGAAAAUGGCGCCUUCCACUGCUCACUCGCUCAUACCAAUUUAGAGGAGAGAGAAAGUUCAUCCACAUCUCUCAAAUAUCAACAAGAACAAGAAUUGGGAGAAAAUGGGUGGAGAAGUUAAGGAAGAACAACAAUGGAAGCAGCAAUUCCCAGCAUUUCCAUACAAACCCUACUCCAUUCAACUCGAUUUCAUGAACUCCCUUUAUCAAUUCCUCGACAAAGGCGGCAUCUCCAUGCUCGAAAGCCCCACUGGUACUGGGAAAACUUUAAGCAUUAUUUGCAGCGCUUUGCAGUGGCUUGUCGAUCAGAAAAAUCGAAGAAAGCCCAUUUCAGGGAAUUCAUGCCCGACUGAUGAUGAGCCUGAUUGGAUGCGAGAAUUUGUGGUAAACAAAGAAAACCCAGUUCAGGAGAAGAAGAAAAUUGGGGUCAAGUCCAAGAAGUUCAUUGAGGCAAAUCGUCGAACAGGUGGUGUGGGUGAUUUGUUCGGCAAUGAGGAUGAAAUUGGGAGGAAUGAGAGAGUUGGGAAGGGGGGAAAUUGUGAGGAGAAUAAUGGGAAAUUAUUGGAUGAUGAUGAGUUUUUGGUGGAGGAAUAUGAGAGUGAACAGGAAGAUGAAGAGGCUGGGGUUUUUAAGAGGAAGGGUUCGAUUAGUUCGUCGAGUGAUGAGGAUGAGGAGGACAAGUUGGAUGGAGAGGAAGAGGGUUUGAAGGUUUUCUUUUGUAGUAGAACACAUUCACAGCUUUCCCAGUUUGUGAGAGAGUUGAAUAAGACUGUGUUUGGUUCUGAGUUGACGGUCGUGUCCUUAGGUUCUAGGAAAAAUCUCUGCAUAAAUCAAGAGGUGUUGAAAAUUGGGAACCCGACUAGCAUCAAUGAACGGUGUUUGGAGCUGCACAAUAGUAAGAAAAGUGGAGGUUCUAAGAUCAAGAAGCUGGAACCUGGAGGAAGGGUACGACGGACAAAGGCUUCAGCAGGCUGCCCAAUGCUACAAAAACAAAAGUUGCAGAAAGAAUUCAUAAGUGAUGUCUCUCAACAAGAGGCUUUAGAUAUUGAAGAUCUUGUUGGUGUUGGUAGCAGAUUAGGAACUUGUCCAUAUUAUGGCUCAAGACGUAUGGUUCCAGCUGCGGACCUUGUUGUCCUUCCCUAUCAGUCUCUAUUAUCAAAAUCAUCUCGUGAAUCCCUUGGUCUAAAUUUGAAGAAUAACAUCAUUAUAAUAGACGAGGCUCACAAUUUAGCUGAUUCUCUUAUUAGCAUGUAUGAUGCAAAGAUUACUUUGUCACAGUUGGAAAGUUUGCAUCAAUGCAUGGAGAAUUACCUUGAUAAAUUUCGUAGCCGUUUGGGGCCUGGAAAUAGGAGAUAUAUCCAAAUCCUAAUGGUCUUGACUCGAGCGUUCAUGCAAGCUAUAUUCGAUGAAAAUGAAGCAAGUGACAAUGUAACUAAGAAUACUGUUGAAAGGGUUACACACGAUGUUCCAAGUGAAUCAUCAGUCACGAUAAAUGAUUUCCUUUUUUCUUUGAAUAUUGACAACAUCAAUUUUUUAAAGCUCAUAAAUUAUGUAAAGGAAAGCAACAUCAUUCACAAGGUCAGUGGAUAUGGAGAUAAGCUUACAUGUUUGGAGAAGCAGAUUCCUGGUGGUUCUAUGACUAAGGAUGGAGGAAGUACCUUGUCUGGUUUUCGGGCACUACUUGAUAUGUUAUUAUCAUUGACAAACAAAAAUGUUGAUGGAAGGAUAAUUAUUUCAAAGAUGAGAUCAAAAGGAUUGGGCGAACAAGAGGGGUUCAUAAAAUAUGUUAUGCUUACUGGUGAAAAGAUUUUCUCUGAGAUUGCAAAUCAAGCUCAUGCAGUGGUCUUAGCUGGAGGAACUCUGCAACCUAUAGAGGAAACAAGGAUGAGACUCUUCCCUUGGCUACCAUCAGAGAGUUUGCAUUUCUUUUCAUGUGGUCAUAUCAUUCCUCCUGAGAGUAUCCUACCUGUUGCUGUAUCAAGUGGGCCAUCUGGCCUGUCAUUCGACUUCAGCUACGCAUCCAGAAGCUCGCCAAAAAUGAUUGAGGAGCUUGGUCUUAUGCUUUGCAAUUUAGUGACUGCAGUCCCUGAAGGAAUAGUUGUAUUCUUCUCUUCAUUUGAUUAUGAAGACAAGGUCUAUGAGGCAUGGAGAACAAGCGGCAUUCUAAACAGGAUUACAAAAAAGAAGCGUCUGUUCAGAGAACCUCGAAGUAGUUCAGAGAUUGAAGGUGUUCUGAAGGAGUAUAGGGAUACAAUUGACACAUUAUCUGGUAAAACCCUAGAUAAAAGUAAAACAUCUCAAAAUGGUGCAGUUUUAUUGGCUGUAGUUGGUGGUAAGAUAUCAGAAGGCAUCAAUUUCAGUGAUGGAAUGGGAAGAUGUAUAGUCAUGGUCGGACUUCCGUACCCUAGUCCAUCAGAUAUCGAGUUGAUUGAGAGAAUCAAACACAUGGAAGGCAUUGAUGAUGCAAAACUGCAGGUUUCAAAUACUGACAGGUAUAAUAAUGGAGGAAAUCUUCAUGCUGGAUUCGACAUUUUAAGACGCUGCAAGCAAAGAGGCAAAGAGUAUUACGAAAAUCUUUGCAUGAAAGCUGUGAAUCAGUCAAUUGGUAGAGCAAUUCGUCACAGAAAUGAUUAUGCUGCAAUGCUGUUAGUUGAUUCACGGUACGCUUCUGACCCUGUAAAGCGAAGCUCUUCACACCCAGCUAACAAACUACCACAAUGGAUACAAGACCGACUUGUCUCUUCAACUUCCAGCUAUGGUGAGGUACACAGAUCACUGCACCAGUUCUUUAGGAAUAACAAGAAUAAAUUGAGUUAAUGUUUGAAAAUAGUUUCAAAAUUAGAGAGAUAUCAGAUAAUCAUUUCCUUGUAUAGAUGUGACUAUGUGAGACAAAAGCUUUCUGAAGGCAUGCUUCAGUGAAUUAUAUCAGUCUAGCAUAUGAAUAUGAUACAGAAUUACAUAUUGCUAAAAAAAAAUUCUCUCAUUUUUUCCCA